UCCUCAAUGCGGAAGGCGCGUGGGUGCUGGAGCUUCAUCCGGCGACAUCACAAAGGACCCGCCAUUACUUGCGCUCCCCAGAGACCGGAAGCUGGAUCUCCACCUCGUCAGAAAGAUGCCACAACACGAGUGUUCUCUGGCAUUCAGCCGACAGGAAUACCACACCUGGGAAAUUACUUGGGAGCUAUUGAGAGCUGGAUCAGAUUGCAGGAGGAGCAUAGCUCUGUGCUCUACAGCAUUGUCGACCUACACUCCAUCACUGUCCCCCAGGACCCAGGCAUGCUUCGGCAGAGCAUCUUGGAUAUGACCGCUGUUCUUCUGGCUUGUGGCAUAAACCCCAACAAGUGCAUACUUUUCCAACAAUCUCAGGUGUCUGAACACUCAGAGUUAAGUUGGAUCCUUACGUGCAUGGUCAGGCUACCUCGACUGCAGCAUUUACACCAGUGGAAGGCAAAGACUGCCACGCAGAAGCAGGAGGGAACCAUGGGCCUUCUCACCUACCCAGUUCUCCAGGCAGCUGACAUUUUGCUAUACAAGUCCACACACGUUCCUGUCGGGGAGGAUCAAGUUCAGCACUUAGAGCUAGUUCAAGACCUAGCACGAGGGUUUAACAAGAAGUACGGGGAGUUCUUCCCAGUACCUACAUCCAUCCUCACAUCAAUGAAGAAGGUAAAAUCCCUUCGUGAUCCAUCCGCCAAAAUGUCCAAAUCAGACCCAGACAAAUUUGCCACCGUCAGAAUAACAGACAGCCCAGAGGAGAUUGUGAACAAAUUCCGCAAGGCCAUCACAGACUUCACAUCAGAGGUCACAUAUGACCCCAACACCCGGGAGGGUGUCUCCAACCUGAUCGCCAUUCAUUCAGCUGUGACUGGUAUCUCAGUGGAGGAAGUUGUGAGUCGAAGCGCUGGCUUGGACACCGGCCGCUACAAGCUGGUAGUGGCAGAAGCCGUGAUCGAGAAAUUUGCCCCAAUUAAGAGUGAAAUUGAAAAACUGAAGCUGGACCAGGGCUAUCUAGAGACAGUUUUGCAAGCUGGGUCAGCAAAAGCCAAAGAAUUAGCCUAUCCCAUUUGUCAAGAGGUGAAAAAAAUGGUGGGAUUUCUCUAG